GAAUAGUAGUCACGUGACCUCCGUACAGGGCCUGCUGUCUGUUUUCAGCGGAGGGAGAGAUCCGAAGAAAAAUGGCGACUGCAGGCGACCUAAAGCGGGAAGCCGGCCAUUCUAUUUGAACUUUCUACUAAAAAUUGAGCCCGGGGCUUGGUGGGGCUAAUUGAGACUAUCGCGACGUUGGUUAGGGUUUCCGAGGGUGCCCGUUUUUUCGGGUUUGCGUGGACUAGUCGCGCGCUAAAAUUGAAAUAAAAAAUAAUACAUCUGCUACAAUGCGAGGGAGAAGAGGAAGGCCGCCUAAACAGGCAGCGGAGAUGCAGGAGGUUUCCCCUGGGCCAGUUCGCGGUUCGAGAGGGAGAGGGAGAGGUAGCCGUGGUAGGGGAAGGGGCCGAGGACGUGGCCGCGGACGAGGCUCGGUGGUGGAUACCGGUGAUACAGAAAUUCAUCGGAGAGAGAACUACCAUUCGUCCAGGGGCCGGAGGAAAGUUGGAGCAGCGACGACAUCGCGGGGCAGAGGAAGAGGCAGGGGUUCGAGAGGUGGUCGGGGGAGACGGCCACUGUGCAAGGUGGUCUACGAUGACAAUAGCGACGAGGAAGAGGAUAAUAUUAGUUUGAGGUCGGAGGAAGACGAACUUUUACACGAGAAUCCCUCAGACUACGAAGAGGAGGCCGUGGGCAAUGAGUCCGAUUUUCUGGAAGAAUUACCAGAUGAGGAUGAUGCUAGCUACUGUACAGAGAGCAGCUUUCGGAGCCAUGAUAGCACGCACGGCAGCACUCCAGGCCGGAGGGGCAGACGCCCACACCGGCCCCGCUCGCCCAUCUUCGAGGCCAAGGAGGUGCCCCCCCUUGAGCUGCCCAAGUCCUCAGAGGACCUUUUGGUGCCGGCUAGUCAGCUCCUCAACAUCUCGGCCGUCUAUGAGGUGCUGCGCAACUUUGGCUCGGUCCUGCGCCUCUCGCCGUUCCGCUUUGAGGACUUUUGUGCGGCGCUGGCGGGCCAGGAGCAGUGCACCCUGCUGGCUGAGACCCACACCGCCCUGCUCAAGGCCAUCCUGCGUGAGGAGGACACAUCCAACACCACGUUCGGUCCUGCCGACCUCAAGGACAGCGUCAACUCCACGCUCUACUUCAUCGACGGCAUGACCUGGCCCGAGAUGGUGCGCGCCUACUGCGAGAGCGACCCAGAGUACCGCCAGGUGCUCCCUUUACUGGAGGGCGAGGAGUACCCCUACGAGCCCCUCGAGAGCAAAAUUAAGGUCCUUCAAUUUCUCGUGGACCAGUUCCUGGCCACCAACCUGGCUAGAGAAGAGUUGAUGUCGGAGGGGGUGGUGGCGUAUGACGACCACUGCAGGGUGUGCCACCGGCUGGGGGACCUCCUCUGCUGUGAGACGUGCUCGGCCGUCUACCACCUGGAGUGCGUAAAGCCGCCACUGGUGGAGGUACCCGAGGACGAGUGGCAGUGCGAGGUGUGUGUGGCACACAAGGUGCCCGGCGUGGUGGACUGUGUGACGGAGGCACAGAAGAGCCGACCAUACAUCCGACAGCUGCCAAUCGGCUAUGACCGCCACCGCCGCAAGUACUGGUUCCUGGACCGCCGCAUUGUGGUUGAGGAGGAUGGCGAGCAGGAGGACAAGACCAUCUGGUACUACAGCACCAAGGUGCAGCUGGCUGAGCUGAUCGACUGCCUGGACAAGGGUUACUGGGAGGCCGACCUGUACGCCACGCUGGAGGAGAUCAGGGACGAGGUGCACACGCACAUGGACAUCACCGAGGAGCUCACCAACAAGGCCCGCGGCGUCAACAAGUGCUUCCUCACCGCCGCCAACGAGGAGAUCCUGAACCGGCUGAGGGCCAAGCAGGAGCAGGAGCUGGAGGAGAUGAAGCGCCGGGCGGCGGAGGAGAGAGAGAAGGCGGAGGCGCAGGGAACUCUCCGGAAGGAGGAGGGGGCGGAGCCAAAGGAGAAGACUGACGACCUAGAGAAGAAGGGAGAGGAGGAGGGAGCAGGGGAGGGUAAAGCUGACAAGGACAAGGCGACCAAAGAGGGGACUACCAUCACAGCCGAGCUGGCUCCUUCUACUGGUGACUGCUCCAUCCCUGAGGGGAGUAAGCCUGAUCUCCCGGCUCCACAACCCACCCUCCCGGCAACAGAGGCCCCCAGCCCUGCCGUGGGGGGGCAAGACCUCCCUACCGGGGCCCGAGAGCCUGGGGACGAGGCCAAAACUAACAUCAAGGGCGUGCAGGAGGCUGAAGAGAAGGCACGUUCUGAGUCUAGCUCUCCCAGGGGAGAGGAGGUCCCCAGCUUGAGCCAGCCCGCUCAUCCCAGUGGUGAGGAGAAUAGUAACAGCAGCACCAUUGCCAGGGAGGCCCCCAGGGUCCCGGAAGAGCCCGACCUGGCUGACAGGUCCUCUCAGUCCUCUAUCAACAGCCAGGACGACCAGGGGGUGAACGGCGAGGCCGGUGGAAAGCGGUCGGCAGUCACGCCGGGCGGCCGCAUGGUGACCCGCCUGCGUAACCCGGAGAGUAAGCUGAGCCAGCUGAAGAGCAAGAAGGUGGAGGAAGCCGUGAACGAGGCCAACAAGGGCUACAAGGAGGGCAAAGAGGUGCUGGUGGUGACCCCGGCGGGUGACGUGUCGCGUCUCAGCACCCGCAGCCUAACAAGCAAGGAGGUGGUGAUGAAGGGCACACUCAGCCACUUCUUCAAGCUGGGCCAGGAGGGCAAGUACCGCGUCUACCACAACCAAUACAGCGGAAAUACGCUAGCCCUCAACAAGCCCCAGCACCGGGAGGACCUGGACAAGCGGCGACACCUCUCGCACAAGUUUUGCAUGACGCCGGCAGGCGACUUCAAGUGGAACGGCUCCAUCCACGGCUCCAAAGUGCUGACCAUCUCCACGCUGCGCCUCACCAUCAUCCAGCUGGAGACCAACGUGCCUGCACCCUUCAUGCACCCCAACUGGGCCUCACACAGGAACAACUGGAUUAAGGCGGUGCAGAUGUGCAGUAAAGCCAGGGAGUUUGCCCUGGCCAUGGCCAUCUUGGAGUGUGCAAUCAAACCUGUGGCCCUGCUCCCUGUCUGGAAGGACUCUCUGGGACACACUAGGCUACACCGUAUGACGUCCAUGGAGCGGGAGGAGAAGGAGAAGGUGAAGAAGAGGGAGAAGAAGCUGGAGGACGAGGAGACCAUGCAGCAGGCCACCUGGGUCAAGUACACCUUCCCCAUCAAGCACCAGGUGUGGAAGCAGAAGGGAGAGGAGUAUCGCGUGACGGGCUGGGGCGGCUGGAGUUGGAUCAGCAAGACGCAUGUGCACCGCUUCCUGACCAAGCUGCCUGGCAACACCAACGCCAACUACCGCGCCGAGCUGGAAGCUGCCAGACGUGGCGAGAAAUGCAACUUGCUGGACUUGGGCCCAAGGCCAAGGUUGUUCAAAACAACUGUAGUUUCAGAACCCCAGGGAAGCAGAAGACCCGUAGAGAAAGAUGGGGGUGCAACCACCACCAACACUGUCACCCCAGAGCCCUCAGCAGACCGCCUGUCAGGAGAGCAGACCAAGGAAAAGUCAGAGGAGGGAAUGAAAGACGAGAGUGACGGGCCAGCGAAGGUGAAGAUGCAAGACUCUGCUGCAGAGGAGGCUGCUGACAAGAUGGAGUUGGACCCUAGCCUCUCAGACUCAGGACAAGACGAUGAAAAAGGGACCUGCAGCAGCCCGGGGACCGAGACGGAGACGACGUGCGUGAGGCAGGAGCUCGGUGAGGGGAAUGCAAGGCCCUUCAACUACGACGUGGUGGACGUGGCCCAGGGCUUCCUGACGCGCGUGGCCUACGAGAAGAAGGUCAAGGCCUCCAAGCUGGACGGUCUGCUGGAGCGGCGCGUCAAGCAGCACGCCCUGGAGGAGAAGCAGAGGGCUCAGGGCUCCCUGGCCAAGCCUACCCCAGCGAAGACCACCCCGGCCCUGCCGCAGUCCCCACUCCAGCCCCAAACUCCGACCCAGGCCCAGAGUCCCACAGUGAAAUUGGAGUUCAGCACCCCUUCGGUGCCACCUGCGCUUGCUCCGUUGUCAGUCAAAGGGGAGGUGCAGGCGGGCCCUUCAAAGACCGCUGAGGGGUUCCCUCACCCAGCCACAGCGACCCCAGCCAAAGAGCCUGCAGCUGAAGCAUUCCCUAGGACACAAAACCAAAAGACCCCCCAGAAACAGGAGGGAGACCUCCCUGAGAGGACUAUAGGGCCCACAGGGGCCGGUUCAGGGCGGGAAGGCCUUAAAAGGCCCAGCAGCACAGCGGAACCAAUGGAAACUCAGAGUUCAGGUGGGAUCCACUACACUGGCAGACCAUCAGAGUCUACCAGCGACAUGCCCGCUUCCACCGAGGGUGCAGGACCUGAAGUGGCCAUUUUUAAACCCCACUCCACAACAAUUCCUCCAAGCAGUAUAACCCAGGAGGGCAGCCAUAGUGCAGCUACCGUUCCUAAACCCCCCCAGCAAAGCACAGACAAGAACGGGAAGGUGCCCGAGGAGAUGCAGGGCAACGGACAGAGCAGCACUGAGGCCAUCGCCACUGGGUCCCAGCCCUCCUCUCUACCUCAGAUCAAUGGAAAUGACAGCAUGGAGGCUAAAGCCUUGAUCAACUCUUUACCAACUCCAAACGAGCCCUCCAACGCUCACACUAACAGCUCUGAGGUCAAAGUGAAUAGCCUAGGCAAGGCGGAGGGAGAGGGUCAAGUAGUCUCGCCCCUAAAGCCCUUGCUCAAUGGCAUAGUGGCCCCUGUAGCUGAGAUGACCGGGCCUGACAGCACGGAACCAAGGCCAGCUCUAAGGGUAGAGGUGGAGAGCAAGGUCAUAGUAUCGGUGCAGGACUGCCAGCCCCCGGUGAAGGUGGCCAGGCUGGAAAACAACAUGGAGGCGCUCGGAACUACGACCACCCAGCAGCUCAAAAACACCCAGCCCAUGGAAGUUAAGCCUGAUGCUGCCACGCCCAACAAAAUGUCCCCCUCGUCGGUGCGCUCUGCGGAGGAGAGCAGCAACAGUGGGGUGGGAUCCCUCUGUAAGACCAUACUCACCCAGGUAACCACCACAACAACCACCACGGUAUCCACAGAGUCUCGGCUAAUGGCGGGGGUCUCAAGCUCUUCGGGGACGACGCCCGCGCCCAUUGUCUCAACCACCGAGAACAGCGCGGUGUCCACGCUCACCACCAUGACCAAAACCACUGUGACCAAAAUGCGCUCACCCACGCCCGACAGCCAAUCGGACGAGAGCCAGAGCGAAACGGUGACCGAGUACAAGACCACGCUCUUCGCCGCCUGCAAGGAGUCCUCUCGUUCAACCUCCUCUGUUUCGGGGGUCGUGACCUCGUCGACCUCCACCAAGGGCCGCGUUCGCCUCCUCAAGUUCUCGCGCACCAAGAAGACGCGCUCGGGAACCGCCUUGCCAUCCUACCGCAAGUUUGUUACUAAGAGCCAGCGUAAGAGCAUCUUUGUCCUGCCCAACAACGACCUGAAGAAGCUGGCACGGCGGGGUGGCAUCCGUGAGGUGUCCAUCUUCAGCUACAAUGCCAAGCCGGCCCAGGACAUCUGGCCCUACCCCUCGCCCAGACCCACCUAUGGCAUCACAUGGAGGUACCGUCUCCAGACAGUGAAGUCCCUGGCAGGGGUCAGUCUGAUGCUGAGGCUACUGUGGGCCUGUCUGAGGUGGGACGACAUGGCCGUCAAGCCCUCCGCCGCUGUAGGCACCACGCGCACAGCCCUAUCCCCACUCAUUGCCACAGAGACCUCUGAGACGGAGAUCACCACCACAGAGAUUAUCAAGCGCCGCGACGUGGGGCCCUACGGCAUCCGCUCGGAAUACUGCAUCCGCAAGAUCAUCUGCCCCCUCGGCACUCCAGAGACCCCGAAAGAGACCCACACGCCACAGAGGAAAGGCCUGCGCUCCAGCAACCUGCGGCCCAAGAAGCCGGAGCCCAAAAAGGAAACUGGGCCGGUGGUGAUUGAGUCCUGGGUGGCCGAGGAGGAGCUGGACCUCUGGGAGAUCAGGGCCUUCUCCGAGAGGGUUGAGAAGGAGAAAGUCCAGGCGGCGGAACAGGCCAAGAAGCGUCUGGACCAGAAAACAGGCACUGGAUCUACCACCGUCAUCACCACGGGGAGCCCAGCCACCCCCGCUUCCACCCCCAAGGUAGUGACCCUAUCGGGCCAGGCCACCCCCGGAACCAAAGUAGUACUGGCUACCAAGAUGGGCACCCCCGUCACCUUCCAGCAGAACAAGAACUUCCAGCAGUCGUUUGCUUCCUGGGUCAAGCAGGGGCAGCCCAGUGGAGCCUCGCCAGGCACGGUGGCCACGACGGCCGGGCAGACUUUCCAGAUCACGGGCACGUCCAUGGGGGGCAAGGUGCUCACCGCCAAGCUGCCGCUGCCCGCCAACAGCAAGAUUGUCACUGUCAACGUGCCAACCACUCAAGGAGGUAUGAUUCAGAAGCAGGUGCUGGGCAUCAUUCCCUCAAGCCAAGCUGGCGGCACCCAGACCUUUGCCUCGUUCCAGCCUCGCACCACAACCAUAAACAUCAGGCCGGGCAUGCCAGGCUCACCACAGCAGGUGCUCACCGCUAGAGGCCAGAUCCGUCCGGGGAUGACCGUGAUCCGCACGCCCAUCCAUCAGACAGGCGCCAUGGGUAAAAGCAUCCUCCGAACCCCCCUCAUGGUGCAGCAAGGUCAGGCAGGCCAGCAGGUGGUGACCCAGAUCAUCCGUGGGCAGGCCGUGUCCACGGCCAUCUCAGGUGCCAGCCCCGUCACCACCGUGGCCGGACAGAGGAUGGGCAGCGCCCCCAAAACCCCGGGCCAGCCCAACACGGCCCAGACGCCGCAGCGGGUACACCAGGGCCAGGUCAAACUCACCCUGGCACAACUCACCCAGCUCACACAGAAGCAGCAGAGCCAGGCAGUAGAGCGGCCAGGCGGCGGGGCCCAGGGCCUGACGGUGAUGAUCCAGGGCCAAGGCCAGGCCACGGGCCAGCUGCAGGUCAUCCCCCAGGGGGUCACGGUCAUCCCCGGGCCCGGUCAGCAGCUCAUGCAGGCGGCCAUGCCCAACGGCCAUGUCCAACGCUUCCUCUUCACCCCCAUGGCCCCUGCCGCUACCCCAACCUCCACAGCCCCUACCGCCCCGGGACAGACCACCAAGACCCCUGCCCAGCCCGCCCAGCAGGCUGCAGCUCCCAUCCAGGCCGGCGCCGCCCUGGCCACCAGCACCCCCCCAUCCGCCACCCCCCAGGGCCAACUCCCCUCCCAGACCCAGGCCCACAUGCCCAUCCAAUCCCCACCCCCUCCAGGUCAAGUCCCUCAAACACCCCCCCGGCACCCCCACGGGCCGGCCCCAGCAGACCCUUCAGCUCCAGGGCUCCCCCCACCAGCUCAUCACUGUCCCGGGCCUCCAGCAACAGGUCCAGGUCCUGGCUCAGCUCCAGGCCCAACAGGGGACCUCGGGAGGCUCUCUCCCCCAGCAGAUCAAGCUCCAGCUUCCCAUCCAGAUCCAGCAACCUGGGGUCGGUGGAGCCCAGCCUGGAGGUUCGAUCCAGAACGUGGUGGCCAUCCAGACGGCCAGCGUGCAGGAGCAACUCCAGAGGAUCCAGCAGCUGAGGGAGCAGCAACAGCAGAAGAAGAGGCUGGCGGCCGAGGCCAAGCGGGAGCAGGCGCUGGCGGCGGCCAGCCAGAGCGACAUCAUCCAGAAACAGGUGGUGAUGAAGCAGAACGCCGUGAUCGAUCACCUCAAGCAGAAGAAGCCCAUGUCUCCCGCCGAGAGAGAGGAGAACCAGAGGAUGAUUGUGUGCAACCAGGUGAUGAAGUUCAUCCUGGACAAGAUCGACAAGGACGAGAAGCAGGCGGUCAAGAAGAGGAAGAAGGAGGAAGCAGGCGAGCAGAAGAGGACCAAGGCCAACGCCACCAAGCUGUCGUCGCUGCUCUGCCGGCACAAGGAGACGCUCAAGGCCGAGAUCCUCAAGAAGAGAGCCCUGCUGGACAAGGAGCUGCAGCUGGAGACGCAGGAUGAGCUGAGGAGGGACCUCGCCAAGCUGCGACGGGACAAGGAAAGGGCCCAGGCGGCCGCCGCCGCCGCACACACGCAGCACGCCCUGACACACACCUCCCAACUCAACCCGGCGGCCUUCGCCCACAAGCGGAAGCGGG